ACCGGGAAGGGGGCGAGGCUGUGUGAGAGUCAGGUGACUGGUGUAUAAGAGGAAGCAGCCGGCGCUCGGUGUCUCCGUCUCUCCUGUGUCUGUCUCCCGCACACCGGCACCAUGGCGCUCAGCGAUGCCGACGUCCAGAAGCAGAUCAAGCACAUGAUGGCUUUCAUUGAACAGGAGGCCAAUGAGAAAGCAGAAGAGAUUGACGCUAAGGCAGAAGAGGAGUUUAACAUUGAGAAGGGCCGACUGGUGCAGACGCAGCGGCUGAAGAUCAUGGAGUAUUACGAGAAGAAGGAGAAGCAGAUUGACCAGCAGAAGAAGAUCCAGAUGUCCAACCUGAUGAACCAGGCCAGGCUGAAGGUGCUGAAGGCGCGGGAUGACCUAAUAGGCGAUUUGCUGAACGAGGCUAAGCAGAGACUUGCCCGGGUGGUGAAGGACACGGCUCGUUACCAAGCCCUGCUGGACGGACUUAUUCUGCAGGGUCUGUACCAGCUGCUGGAAGCAAAGGUCCUGAUCCGGUGUCGUAAGCAGGACCUGCCUCUCAUUAAAGCUUCUGUGCAGAAGAAUAUACCAACCUACAAGGCGGCUACGAAGCGGGACCUAGAGGUGGUCAUUGACCAGGAGAACUUCCUGGCUCCUGAAAUUGCUGGAGGGAUUGAGAUCUACAAUGCUGAAGGAAGGAUUAAAGUGGCCAACACACUGGAGAGCCGCCUGGACCUGAUAGCGCAGCAGAUGAUGCCGGAGAUCCGAGUUGCUCUAUUUGGCGCCAACACAAACCGCAGGUUCAUGGACUGAGCUCUCCGCUGCCAAUCCACAAAUAGAGAUCCAGAAAAUAUUCUAUUCCAUUGUCUGUUUCCAUUGUUCUGCUUUCAUUACUAGACCGGUGUUUUAGAAAUUGAUGUUGUGAGAGGCUGCAUGGUUUCUAGGGUCAUCGGGUGGGGUUUGAGGGGGGGCUCAGUAGGUGUGUACAGUAGCAGCUGAUUCUAUAUGUGUGACCCGGGGCUAUACCUAUAGCUCUGCGGUAACUGCAUGCAGGUCGGAUGAUGAUCAGACUUUGUCGCUGGUGUAAAUAACUCUUCUGUGUGCAGAUAACGCUAAUGUAACCCUGGGUAUACAAACACUUACUUUUGCACAGGCGGCGUCUGAUAAUCAGUGUAUCCCACUGUACCGCAUGUCGGCAUAGACCGUUACUCCCUAGCAUUUGUGCAGCUUCCUCUGCACGAAGCCCGUAAAGGCGCCUGUAAAAGUAAACUUGUGGCUGUUUUUGUGACGUUAGUUGUGGGUGGAAAAGAAAAUAUUCUGCUGCUGCGUCACGUUGUCACCCUGUGUCGGUGCGAUGGCCCCCCUGCUCCAAUCGCAGUAUGGCGGAAGACACAGCAGCACCUGUUGUAAUCUUGACAUAGUCAGCUGGAUGCACCCUCUGCCCUGCCUGUCCCAGAGCCUGCCCCUUCCUGCUCUGCUGGGAUAUGUGGUUCUCAGAUAUGCCCCAGUGUCAACUGUGAUGUUGUCUUUAUUUAUUACAAUUAAAACUUUGUCAACCUC